CGGUGACAUAGGUGGUGGAGAUGGCACCAUGGAGGCAGUGGCGGUGGAGAUGGUAACAGUGGUGAUGGCAGAGGUGGCGGCCAGUGGCGGAAGAGUUUUCGUUGGUGAUAACAUGUGUGGCGGCAACAGGGAUAGAGAACCCGACUGCAGCUGCAGCAGAUGACGAGGCCUACGACGGCUGUGCGGGUAGAAAGGCGGUGGCAGAAAGAUUGAGGAAAAAUUAUGGAUUUUUUUGCAUCGCCGGAUCUCCGGCGACCAGCGGCGGCGGUGAUAGGUGGCGGGAUUCUGGAUGUUGUGCCAAGUCCGAUGGAUCUCCGGCAGCUGGCGGUCGCCGGUCGGUGGUGAUGAAGAUGGCUUGCGGCAGUUGCUGUUGGGGAUUGUGGUAGGUGAUGACUAGUGCAGUGGUGUGUGAGCUUCGUACUCCUGCGGAGAAGAUGACCUGCACCAGAUGCAUCAGUUGGAUGUGACUUUUAAUUUUUAAAGGGCAAAUAGGUCAACUCAUGGGAGAAGUUUGUUGGCAGGAGUGGAGCGUGAAACAGUGAUGAGGAGACUCCCUUGUGCCGCUGGAGUCCGCUGGAGUCCAUUGUGGACGAGGACGCCCCCGCUGUGCCGGCCGUCGCGGAGACAAGAUGCGAGGCUGCUUCCAAGAUGAGGUGUGCUGUUACUCUUCCGUCGCCUAGCCAGAGACCACAACUGGCCGGGGGGGUGGGCGUCUUGCCGCCGAUGAGAACUGGCCGAGGCGGCCCCUCUGAUGGACGACGGUCCCACUCCGGCCGAGGGGUCCAAGAUUUAGUCGCCGAUGGGAGCAAGGGAUGAGGGUGGACAUGGGUCCUGCUUCACCCGACCGAUGUGGAGCCCCUGUCUUAGCUGAGGCCGAGGCGUGGUGGACGAGGGCGACACCUCCUGCUCUGGCUGAAGGGUUGUCCUCUCUGUUGUUUUUCCGAGGCGACCAGGCUUUGGCCGAUGUGGGGCUUUGCCGAGGUGAGACCCCUGCUGUUCCCAGGACGAGGGCUGCCUUCAUCGGUUGCUUCAUGCCUUGCUGUGUUCAAUCGAGUGGUCGAGGCGUUGCGUUCUUUAAUUGCUUGGCCGGUGUGGGGACCACUGCAGCAGUAUGGCCCGACGAUGCUGCCGGUCGAUGAUGUCGCCGGCCGAUGCAUGCUGGCCGAUGAUGUCGCCAGCCGAAGUGUGAUGGCCGAUGCCGAAGUGUGACGGCCGAUGUGUGCUGGCCGAUGAGGCAUUGUGGCCGAUGGUGUGCCAUUUUGGACGAUGAGAUGAAGCCGAUGGAUGUACCCCUUGCCGGUUGAGUUUGAUACGAGGUGUAUUUGUCUCGUCCGUUCAAGUUUGGCCGAAGUGUACAGGGGGAAUGGAGUUUGUUUGGCCGCAAUUGUGUGCCGAGGCUCUGUAUUCUUCGAUCGUUUUGGCCCAGGGCACUGCCUUGAGGGCAGAGGACAAUGCGACCACCACGUUUGCUUGUUGGACGAGGGGCGGCCGGAGCCUGCUGUGGUGUCCUGGACGAAGGGCCAGAUGUAGGGCCGAGGCGGCGCUCACCGACGCAGGGCCUUGGUCGAGGGAGUCAUCCGGACGAUGUGUUGCUGGCCGAUGUGUUGCGGCCGAUGUAUUUCCGGCUGAUGGCGUGCCGCAGGCCGACGUUGUCGCCGUCCGAUGGAUGGUGAGGAGAUGCUGCCCGUGGCCGAGGCACUACCAGUGUGUUGUUGAGAGGCACCCUCCCUGGCCGAUGGGGUUGCUGCCACAGACAACUCAGCCAAGGCCAAGGGUGAUUGUUUAUUUUGGCCGAAGGUGGAGCCUUCCUGACGAUUGAUGUUGUGGCCGAAGCUAUCCAAUAUUCGUAGUUUAAGUUGACCUUGCCGUCAUGUUCAAGUGGUGGGCUAUCAAAGAAGGAGGCACUGUGAGAAAGAACGGACACAUCUACAGGACUGCCAUGAAUUGGAACUGAAUUCAGAUCCUCCAGAAAUACAUUCAGGUAUGAGUAAUUCUUGUCAUGAGAGUGCUACUGGUAUAUAUGAUGAUCUGCCUAUUGCUUUGAGAAAGGGAGUUCGUGUUUGUACUAAACAUCUCAUUGGCAAUUUUGUGUCCUAUAAAACGUUAUCUCCAUCCUAUCAAGCAUUUGUUUCUACUCUUGAUAGUGUACAUAUUCCUCACACAAUUGAAGAAGCACUGAGUGAUCCGAGUUGGGAAAAAGUUGUACACGAUGAAAUGAGUAAAGGGUCAGUUUGGUCCUCGAAGUUGCAAAAAAGACG